UGAAAUUAAGAGUUUAGCAUUCUACUAACAAAUUACGUGCUUGUUGGCUUCUUUCACUGUUUCCAACCCAUCCUUACAGCUUUAAAUCUUCAUUUUAUUGCACACAUCAAUCGACAAAAUUUAACAAUCCAUAGGCAGAAGCAAUGGCAAGAAGAGAGCGAUGCAGUGGAUGUGGGCUGUACCUGAUGGUUCCACCGGAGGCACAAACCAUUCGUUGUGCUGUGUGCCAAGCCAUUACCAAUACCAUCACCCCAUUUACAAGUAAUGCUCGGCCCAAUGGCCAUUGGAUUUAUGUCCAUGACUCAUUCCUAGGACCAGGCCGGACCAGCUAUCCUGGGUCAGGAACGUAUGGAAUUCCAUAUGUGUAUGCUCCUCAUCAGCGACCUCCGCAGCCACGACCUCCCCUAUCUUUUGUUUCAGUGCACGGAAGGAAAAGAGCACUUCUUUGCGGGGUGAAUUACCAGAGCAAGAGUUACAGGCUAGGAGGAAGUAUCAAUGAUGUCAAAUGUAUGAGGUACCUUCUUGUCGAGAAACUGGGGUUUCCAAAUGACUCUAUUCUCAUGCUCACAGAGGAAGAGACAGAUCCUUUCAAGAUCCCAACGAAACAGAAUAUCCGAAAAGCCCUGAGAUGGCUGGUCUAUGGUUGCCAGUCAGGGGACUCGUUAGUGUUUCACUUCUCUGGUCACGGCACGCGGCAGAUUGAUUAUAACCAUGAUGAGGUCGAUGGAUACGACGAAGCCUUGUGCCCUCUCGAUCAUGAGACUGAAGGGAAUAUAAUCGAUGAUGAAAUUAAUGACACCAUUGUAAGGCCACUGCCCCGAGGAGCCACACUCCUUGCAAUCAUUGAUGCUUGCUACAGCGGAACUGUUCUUGAUCUGCCUUAUGUUUGCAGGAUGAACAAGGAAGGGUUCUAUAUAUGGGAAGAUCAGAGAAACCCCUUAUUUUACAAGGGUACAAGCGGAGGAAUAGCCAUCUGUUUUAGUGCUUGUGAUGAUAAUCAAAACUCUGCAGAUACCACUGCUUUCACUGGAAACAAUACCAGGACUGGUGCCAUGACGUUCAGCUUCAUCCAAGCUGUGCAAAACGAACCUGGAUUGACGUAUGGGCGCUUGCUUAAUGCAAUGAGCAAUGCAAUUCGUGAUGUUAAAGCUGGUUUGCGCCUAACUGGUCCAAUUGCAGCUCUCAUUAACAAAGUUUUGUUUGGGACAACACAGGAGCCACAGCUAUCUACAUCAGAGAAAUUUGACAUCUACUCAAAGCAACUUGUGCUGUAGUAAUUUCUGUUCUUACAAAAUUGCCUACAAC